AUGAACUUCACCUCACCCCAACGCAAAGCUGGGAGAGAUGUCAUUGAUGGCCGUCAAUUGUGGUCGGCUGAGGAUGUGGCCAAGCUGUUCACAAAAGAUCUUGUGGGACAUUCAGUGUCGAUGGGCGUUGGCGGAUAUUACGAUCGUUUGGUUACGCUUAAUUUAAAGGUUGAUUCGGCGGGCCUCUCAAAUUUGGCAAAAUGGGAAGAGAUCUUCAGAAAGGGAAUCCAUUACGACGCAAAGAGAAUCAAGAUGAUUGCUCAAAGAUUGGCUUCACUUGCACGGGUAGAGGAUGUGUUGUAUGGUGUUGUAGGUCGACAACGUCUCGCCAUCCACGGAAUUAUCGAGUUUCACGUCGUCUACGUUGGGGAAAUUUGUGUACAACGAGUGAAUUAUCACUUC